AUGGGUCGUCCAAGAGAUCGUCCUAGCAAAGUCCCUCCUCCUUCUUCUCCGAGGCUCAAGCCCUCGACCCCGACGCCCUCUUCACCACCCUCCAAUGGUUCAAGACCACCCGCGAGCUCGCCAAGCUCCCCGACGCGCCCCGCCGACCGCACUGGCUCAUCCCGUCGAUCUGGAACUUCCUCACCUACGACAACCUCCUGGGGUGGAAGGCCGUGCUGCGCAUUGAGUGGGCCCGGAAUGCUGACCGCGACAGCCGCUUCUUCAAGCUCCUGCUGUCAUGCGCGGGAAAUGAUCUCCGCGCGACGGACCCGCGGGAUCUCAUCUACGGGACCAUGGGUCUGA